GUUUGACGUUGGUGCUACACAUUGCUGCAAUUCACCCUAGAAAUAGAGAAAGUGUUUCUGUGAAUGGACUGUGAAAUGGAUGUGAAACAUACUCUCGACGAAUCUAGCUUCUUAGUGCACUCAUUCACUACAUCAAACAAAAGUGCAUGUUCAUUGAAUCGAAAAAAGUCGCUCUCGGUCCCCAUCAUUCCAUCACAGAAUGAAAAUUUUUUGUGUGUUCCAAAAGCGAUUCAUAGUGGGAUGAGGCAAAAACUGCCCGAGAUGGGAGUGGAAUUGCCUUUCGAUGAUAUUGCUAUUCAUACGGAAUUUAAACAUACAACAGCUUAUCAAACAAUAACUAAAAGUGUUUCACAAUCUACACUGCCCAUUCCUGAAAAUUAUAGUUUUACUUCAGUGCAAAUUCAAAUCUACAAGCGACGGUGGUUUUUGCUAGUUUUGACCAUUCUUAAUAUAGCUGUAUCAUAUGUGCAAUGGAUACAAUACAGUAUAGUGGCCAAUAUAAUGGCAAAGUAUUAUAACAUUUCAUCAGCAUGGAUCGACUGGACAUCUAUGAUUUUUAUGGUGAUUUAUAUUAUUGCUGUGUUUCCUGUAUCAUACGUCAUGGACGUAAGAAACAUGCGACAGUCCGCAGUUAUUGGUACAGUUGGAACAGCGCUUGGGGCAUGGAUAAAAGUGUUUUCAACAGACCCGUCUCAGUUUCAAAUAGUUAUUAUUGGUCAAAUUAUUUCAGCAGUUGCGCAAGUAUUUUUACUCAGCAUUCCUUCGCGUUUAUCUGCUACAUGGUUUUCUCCUGAGGAAGCUUCUUCAGUAUGUGCGUUCGGAGUUUUUGGAGCUCAAUUAGGAAUUGCCAUUGGAUUUUUUCUCACACCUAUGGUUAUUGUAAAUCAUGAAGAGCUUAGUGCAAUUAGUAUUGAUCUUCAAGUUUUUCUUAUGGGAGUAGCUGGAAUCUCCACUAUGAUAGCUUGUAUGGUAAUAGCUGUAUUUAAAUCGGAACCACCAUUUGCACCCAGCCAUGUGCAGGCUUUACAAAGAACAAUGAAACCAAGACGCAAAGACUACUGGCCAUCUGUAGCACGACUAUUAAAAGAUGAAAACUAUCUAAUUUUGGUAAUCGCGUAUGGCAUUAACGUAGGCUUAUUCAAUGCGUUCUCGACAUUGCUCAAUCAAAUCGUGCUAAAUUAUUUUCCUGAUAGUGCAACCGAUGCUGGAAGAAUAGGUUUAGCAUUAAUUGUAUUAGGACUGAUCGGCUCGAUGGUUUUUGGUUAUUUACUUGACACGAGCCACAAGUAUAAAGCAACUGCUGUAUGGGUCUGUCGGCUCUCAGCAGUCACUUUAGUCAUAUUUGCACUGGCUUUGGAAAGUCGGUCCAAAAAAUUGUUGGCAGUAGCCUCCGUGUUUCUUGGUUUUUUCAUGACAGGGUUUCAACCAAUAGGAUAUGAGUUUGCGGCUGAGCUCACAUUUCCCGAACCUGAUGGGCCAGUAAUGGGUAUUUUAAAUAUUUCUACGCAGAUUUUUGGUAUAGUUAUAACAUUGAUGAUAUCAGGAAUUCAAAAAAUACUCGGAGAUCUUGUAGGAAACAUAGUUUUCGCAGCAUUUCUCUUACUAGACGGAAACAUCAUCGCUCUGAUUCGAUCAGAUUUACGACGUUAUAAUACUCAUUUGGAAAUAGAAAGCGAGGCUGCGAGGGAAUUCGCUGAGGAUGCUAGUGUACGCUACGGUGAUAUCUCAAUCUAUGAAGAUUCUCCCUUAAAAUUGAAAAUAGAUGGCUGCAGUUGAUAGUAGAAUAUCUAGCUUUGUGGUCAAUAGUCAUCUUUAUCUAUACAGUCUGUUCCCGAGUUUCGUGGACCUCGACAUACGCGUAUUUGGAUAUUGUGUCAUACCAGUACAAUUUGCUCCAAGAAUGUAAAGGAAAUUGCUUUUUUGCAAAAAAAUAAACCAUUUAAAAACAUAAAUAUAAAAAAAAUCA